AUGACUGGCAAGUGGCCGAAGGAACUUUCUCCAUUCGACAAGGCUGGGCAAGCGCGAAAUUUACCAAUUGGCAGUGCUCUUCGGUGCUUACGACUAGCGAGAGCGUGCUUUGAGUAUUAUGGUUUCUAUCGGCACAAGUCAAGAACAUAUCGUGGCGACCGACGCUACACAUCGGCAGAUGUCACGGUGGUUGUGCCGACAAUUGAAAGCGACGAAAACUUUGUGAAUGCGGUAAGAUCGUGGAUAGCUUGCAAUCCAUGCCGGAUCAUUGUCGUCACGACAGAUGCUAUGAUGGAGCCGAUGAGGAAUACCUUGGCACGAUUGGAUGACUCUAACAUAUCUUUACGGUCGGCCCCGAAACAAGGCAAAAGACUGCAGAUGGUCGUUGGUCUCAAGGAAGUGGCGACGGAAAUUGUGGUCUUCGUAGACGAUGACGUUGAGUGGAAGCCUGCGACUUUGGAAGGUUUACUUGCCGGCUUGGAUGAUCCACAGACAGGUGGAGUUCAGACAUGCCAAAGAGUCCGCCCAAAUCACGAGACCUUCACUUUGUGGGAGAUGUUUGGCGCGGCAAGACUAUCCCAGCGCAAUGUGUACUGUGCGUCGUCGGCCUUCUGGAACGAUGGGGAUGUACUCAACCUUUCUGGUCGCACAACGGCUUAUAAGACGCGAUGCUUGCAGACGCCGGAGUUCUACGAAGCUUUCACUCAAGAUUAUUGGCGUGGGAAGUACCAUCUCAAAUCUGGCGACGACUGUUUCAUUACCAGCUGGAUUCGGCAUCGGGGAUGGAAGACCUGGUACCAAGGUGAUAAGGAAGUUGAGGUGGUGACCACUAUGAAAGCUGACCGUCUUUAUCUCAAUCAACUUGUACGUUGGUCUCGGAACAAUGCAAGAUACUGGUGGAGAGACUUCCGAUUUGUUCUUCGUCAAGGCGGCACGCGGAACUAUCGACGCGUGCUUCUCAAUUGGACGACUGCCUAUCACACAUGGUUUUUCAGUCUCGUGGACUUUCUCUAUUUUUGCUAUCUAAUCUUGACAUUCGUAUCGUCCUCUGAUUCCAUCAAAGACGAUAAAGCGUAA